CCAAACCAAGUGGUGUAUAUACAUACAUAUAUAUAUACAUUAUAUAUAUACAUAAUUUAAGAGAAAUGCUCUCGCAUAAUUUGUUUAAAGGUCACACGUGAUUUUAUAAUGUAUUAUCUAAUGCAAUUAAAUUCAUACACUUUUAAAUGUGACUUAAAUAUCCCAAAGUGUCAAAAGACAUUUUGGUGCAGCUGUAUUACAUCUCAUACCAGCCUGUUGUCUGAGAAAUGCAUUUCUGCAAUGAGUAUGUGCAUUCCAUUCCAAGUUACAUACCUGGUAGUUACUGUAUGUCUGAUAGGUUCACAUGCUGAAACUUCUAUCUGCAGGUCAACACUUGCAUUAUUUUAUUUGUUCUUCCAGUAUUAUGAAAUAGGUGGAUUCACCACUGACACAAUCUCAUCAAGGGAUAUGACUCUCAUCUAGUUCUACCUUUCGUCAUAGAAAUGGCCAACUAAACCAAAAACGUAAAAAUAUAUAUAUAUAUCAAAUUGACAGUUUAUGUACUGCAAAAUCAAAAUCCCGUUUGCUUUCUUAAUCCACAUUCCUGGUCUUAUUGUAAGAAAUUAUCCCAAAGAAAAAUGUGUUUUCAUAACCUUUCGUCAAAAUGUAAAACGUAGAGUUACUAAUAUACACUGUAAAUACUAAUGUUGUCAUGGACCCAAUCUCAGAUCUCUGUGUUAGCGCUACUGUAGUAGAUGUGUUAAUGCAUUUCUAUGGAGAAAUAAGUUUACUUAUUUAAUUAUUAACCUAGAAUCAGUUAUAAUCUUCUUUAUUUGAGCUGUGUUAUUAUUUGACCUCAAUUUGAGUCAAUUCAACUAAAAUUAUUAAGUAGAAACAUUUACAUUGCAAAUCUGAGGUAAGUCUACUUAUUUCUAGUUUUCUUAACGUAAAUAGUUAAGGGAGUUAACCAAGUUAAGGGAACUUUAUUACACAAGUUUUGGAGACGCCUUUACUCAAGAAAAUGAGUUUACUCAAUCAGUUGAGUAAAGUCAACGUAAUAGGGUUUUCAGUAUACUCUUAUUAGCUCCUUUUUGUCAAACAAGAAUUUUAUAACUACAAAACACAUUACACUCUUACUAAUAAUUUAUUGCCGUGACUGAUUCACUCUUUACCAUCAUUUAAUUGGAAGAUGGAGCUUUUCAACGUCCUGUAUACGUGCCUCAAUAUCCUCUGCCACAGCUUCCUAUUUUACAGUGGGUUUGAACCCAUUUGUGACACAGGAAGUCCACACUGCAUAUCAUCAUCUCUGGCAUGAAUCAUAGGGAACUGCUCAUCUGCUGUCGUCAAACUAGGUCACAACCCAGCUAUUGUACAAUUACUGGAAUGAAGACUAAAAUGUCUUGUUAUGUGGGUCAGGAAGUAGUAAGACUUUAACUUGACCUCUUAUUUGGAAACAAAUGCAUACCGAAAUGUAACGUCAGGCAAAUAAAACUAAAUAUUCAUGCUCAAGCCCUUCAUGCUCAAGACGUUUCUGCUGUGAUGCUCACAGAUCUGCUUGAAUUCGUCCCACUUCCAGAUUCAUUCUUAUGCAUUUCAAUGUUAAAAGAGAUUAAAAAAGCAAGAACUCAUUUUAGCUUGUCUUUUUAAUCUAAACUUGGAGAGGCCGUGUCCCCCAUUAUAUUCCUAUAGAUCAGCUUUAUAUGUCUGAUCAUUUCUCUUGUUUCAAUGUAACUUACCAGCCAGUAUAAUUUAACACAACAAUUUAUAAGUCUAUGAGGUGAAAUACUGAAAUAUUUAAGCAUCUCUAAAAAUGCCUCUUUAGUCAUAUUUCAUGCAUCCUCUAUGUAAUUAUCGAUUUUUCCAUAAUGGUUACAUAAGGAAUAAGGAAGAAAUUUGCUGAAGAACCAAUUUUAGGUUGGCUUACUGAGCUUGAAAAUAUACUUUCUUUGUCAAGCACUGAUAUUACUGGGACAAAUAGGUAUUAGAGUGAAUCUUAUCAUUGUUAAACAUUUAAAAUGUAGAUUUAGACCGAAAACUGAUCGUCAAGAGGAAUUUUUUUUUUCUUUGCUUUUUUUAAAGAUUUAACAGAUUGUGCAGUUUGAUUGGUUUUGCUUUUAACUAGAAUCAGUUGAGAGUGUUUUUGGACUUCUAUAUUUGAGGCAUCAGUUGGCAAGAGUUCAAACCACGUUCAUCCGUGCUACGUGCUAAACCGCAGGUCUAAUAUGGCAGUUAUUGUAAUUUCUCUCUUUGUCUAUUGCAGUAAUGUUAUUAUUCUCCCUCACUCUAACUCAGUUUGUUAAUGAAGGAAACUCAAGCGUGAAGAAUGUGUGAAGCCUAAUGAGGUUAAAUCUCACACUCCGAUUUGUUUGAUGGGUAAAUGGACCUCAGGAGUUUUCAUGUUUUUCCUCAUUGUUUGAGGGCAUAAUUAUGUUAAUUUGUCUGUUACAUAAAUCACAUAAAAUAUAAAUAUCAUCACCGUCUUUUCUACUCACCGUUUCAUCAAACAGGUAUAGAAAGAGUCCAAUUCAUUCUGUGGAAUGGCUGAAAAUAUUACUUAGUACACUUUGGUUUGAAUGCAUUUAUUUCAAUAAAUGUCAAUGACGGUAGAACUUUAUAGUUAAGAAAUAAAGAGGGCUCUUUGCAUAAUUUUCAAGACACUGUUAAUUUAGAAAUUCAAGGGUGAAUCGCCAAUAAUAAUUGGAUUAUUUUAGGUGGACUUGGUUCACUCUUAUUCAGAAUAAAUUGUUAUAGCCACAUCAUGACAUUGUUUUUAUUUUCAGACAGCUCUAAAUAGAAAUGCCUAAUGUUUUGGCCAAGCAACAAUCAUCAUUCUUACCGUUCAAGGAAACACAUGUAUGCCAGGGCAUGAAGUGAUCCCAUCUGGAGAGGCAACAAGGUUGGGAUUAUUCAUUAAAACUAAGACUUAAAGGAUAUUCCGGUUCAAUACAAGUAAAACUGAAUCGACAGCAUUUGUGGCAUAAUGUUGACUAGCUCAAAAAUACAUUUGGACUCAUUCCUCCUUAAAAAAAAAUAAAACAAUCUUGGUUACAGUGAGGCACUUACAAUGGAAGUAAAUGGGGGCCAAUUCAUAAACAUUAAAAUACUAAAAUUUGCACGGUUGCUAGGGAGGGUAGUCACAUGGGGUAACCUCCUCGUGAUCACUAUAAUGUGGUUCGCUCUUUGUGGGGCGCGUGGUGAGUUAUGCAUGAAUGCCACGGAGAAUAGUAUGAAGCCUAAUCAUGUACUAGGUCUCCACGGUAACACACCUCAACAAGCCACGUGAUAAGAUGCACAGAUUGAUGGUCUCAGACGCGGAGGUAACUGAGAUUCGUCCUCCACCACCCGGAUUAAGGCGAGUCACUACGCCACCACGAGGACUUAUGGUGCGUUCACAUAGAAUGCAAAACGAGCGUUUCGCACAGCGCGAUUACAUACAAAGUCAAUGCAAAUAUGCGAAAAGACGGCGGGCGGCGUGAAUGAAGUAAAUGGCACAAUUCGAACAUGCGAAAUCGCUUCAUUCAAGUAUUCGCUACAUUUUUCAACUCCAGCGAAAAAUCUGCAUGACGCGUUGUCGCGAAAGCCAUCAGCGUUGAGAUUGUCUGGAUGUCACUGACGUACUGACGUAGUAGCAGAAGAAAUCUGCACCAUUAGUGCGCAUUGGGGAUUGAGCGUUCCAAAUUGGGGAGAAAAAGGGGAGAAAAUAAAAAAAAUCCUCACAGUUUCAAAAGUAUAACCACAAGACGUAAACAACAUGCAUGUUAACAUGAUUUUAUUGUGAUAAAAUUGCUUGCUAACUGUGAUGAGGAGGACAGUGUGGCCAGGGUGUGAGGGUGCACGCCCGGCGCUGAAUCAGCUCAGUCAGCCGAGAGAGGGAUAAAGAUGGGUGGGGGACGCCCCAGAGAGAGAGAGAGAAGAGACACACGCACGUGCCUGUAUGUGUGUCGUUAUGCUUCAGUUCAGUGUUGUGUCAAAUUAAAGUUCUGUUGAUUGUUCACUCCGGUUCGCACUUCCUCCUGGGUAGUUAAGGCAGAGUCUGCCACAGUGGUGCCGAAACCCAAGAUAGGAGGAAGACACGGCAUCAGAAAAGGUCUCGACGCCAAGGAGGUAUGAUACGGUGGUACUGAAGUGGUUUGCCCGAAGGCGGAGGAGUGUACUGCCGUCCGCCACGAGACGAAGGUGCCACUGCCACCCUCCAGGGGGUGGGGGAGCUCACUGCCAAUCACAUUUGGCAUUUCAUAACACCUUAGAUAAACAAAUUAAUCUCCAUUGUGAUUGGAUCAGUCAGUGUGAGCCCACUUUUAACAUUCUUCACAACUAAUCUAUUCGCCACCUUCAGAAAAACAAUGUGUUUUAUAGGGGGUCUUUAGCCCCUGCAACAGGGAGCAUUUAACCACAAAUACCAUCAUCUCACUUAUUGGACAGUUAUUGAAAAAGUUUUGAUUUAAUAGCAUUGAACAAAUCUGAAAAUGAGUACUUUGUCUCAAAAUAAAUGUGAUCAUUCCAUGGAUUUUAAUUAGCUACAUACAUUUGCAACAUUUUAUAAACUAUUAAAUAUUAGAUUAAAGUAUAUCAAAAUCAACACGCAAUGAUCUCAAGAGGACAAUUUUGCAGUGCAUUGUGACGAAAAGUUGUUUUGGGAUGUGUUAUGGACGUUUUUGUUGUUAUUUAGUAUUUUGGGAGAAAAUCAAAUCAAAUGUGCACAUAUAUAUAUAUACAGUAAUGUGCAAAUGUCUUAGGCACAUAAGAUGUUUCGCAAAAGCAAUUGUCUUAAGAUGUUUAUUUAUAUCUUCAGCUUUAGUGUGUCAACAGGAAAUAUAAAUGUUAGACUCCCAAAAGGAAAAAAGUUCAUGUUUAAUUGUCAACAGCCCAAAUGCCUUUGUCCUUUCGUACUCUUCUUCAGACAGAUCUGCAGGUGAUUAAUAGCCUAUAAGUCGUGUCUGGUCUUUGUAAAGCUGAUUGGCUUGAGUUUGGAGGAGGGAUCAUGUUACUAUAAAAGAUGAAGUGACGCACAUGAAGCUUUAUGUGGUCAGAUUCAUACAGAACUUCUUCACUCUUUCUCAUAUAAACUGAACACAUAAAUCAAGAGUACGUGAAGGCAAGAGAUUUGGAGAUUGUCAUCGGAUGAUUCAAUGGUCACAAUAAAAGCACACUCAAUUUAAGGUCAACGUGAGGACUUGAGAGAAAAAGGGAACCGUAAAAGGACUUCCGGAUACAUUGUAAAGAUGACUUGUGCAAAUGUGAUGGCGAGGUUGGGCAGCCCUGUCCUGCCAGUCUCUGUGAUGUCUGUGGAUCUGGCCAUCGGCUUCAGGUGCAAAAGCUCCCCGCGCAUCAACUACCUGCUCUCCGUGUCCUCUCCCAAACCUCUGCGGCCCUGUAUCACUCGUCUGCUGGAGUACAGACACCCUCCACCGACAGCCCUUCCGACAACCAAGAGCGGCCGCAGAGGGAAGCGUGUCGCGUUUGCCGACUCCAAAGGGCUUUCUCUCAUCACAGUGCGCCUGUUCUCCGAGAAAGAAGAGAAAAUCGCGUAUGAGACCGUGAAAAUGCCACGGCUGAAGAAGCUGCACUGUGUUAAAGAGACCUCGUUGCGUCUUGGGUUUGACCAGCCUUGCGUCGAUUUCCAGGCGUUCAGAAGUCGCCUUCAGGAAAACAUGGUGCUUUUGGAGAGCUGUAAGGUCACCAAACGCUCCGUCCUUGGCACCGUGCGGGUCCGGAAUGUCUGCUUCGAGAAAGCGGUUCAUAUUCGCGUUACUUUCGACACUUGGCGCAGUUACCUGGACGUCCCGUGUUCUUACCUGGACCAGUGCUACGGUGAACCGGGAACAGACGUGUUCGAGUUUAACAUCACCGUUCCUGAGCAAAUGGACUCUCGAGGACUGAUUGAAUUCUGCGUGUCCUACUUGCCCAGUGGAUUUAGUGAUGCUGUAUGGGAUAAUAAUUAUGGAAAAAACUACUGUAUACAUGUUUGUGAGACAUAAGUGUGAAAACGGACUACAAAAUGUGCCGUUUACACCGUUAAUUGAUCACUAUCUGCUGUCUUCAAUGUACAGCUGUGCAUACAUCCAGGUUGAUUUAACUUUUGCGCUUUGUGACAAGCUUUUGAUCUGAUUAGCACAAAGAACUGACUGAAUGUGCCCUGAUCACUAGAGGCUUAUGUAUUUUCCCCCUGUUUUUAAGAAAUAAUUUUUGGAACAUGGCAUUUGUUUAUAUUUGGCUAAAAAUAUUGCAGAAACUGGAUAAUGUAAUUUUAAUAUUUUUAUCUAAUAUUUUACAAUCAGAAGUAUUUUUUUUUUUUUUUUUUUUUUGAGCGAAUAAAUGUUUUAUCACUUAUUGCAAUAUGUAUUGUUGAUCAUUAUCGUCAUAAGCAUAUUUUUUUAUUAUUAUUGGGUUAUGUCAAGUCAUCCAAAUUUCUGAAACUUCCUGGCUGAAUCUUUAGAUUUUUGGUAAAGUGAUAUUUCAACAAAAAAUCAUCUUCUGAAGAACCCAAAUUAUUAUUAUUAUUAUUUUAUUAACUAUAUAUAAUUUCUGCUGUUUUUCUAUACAAUGCAAGUGAAUGGUGACCAGAACUCAUACUCAAAAGCAGCAUUAAAGUAAUCCAUAUGACUCCAGUGAUUCAAUCCAUGUCUUCUGAAGUGAUCCAUUCAAUUUUGGGUGAGAACGAACCAAUAUAUUAACUGCAAUCAGCAGUCUCCUCUGCGGUCAUGAUGUCAAGAUUUACUAAACUAGUUUUAUGCAGCCUUUUACGUGCUCUUUGGAGAUUAAAAGUUCUGGCCGCCAUUCUCUUGCAUUGUGUGGACCUACAGAUCUUAAGUAUUCUAAAUCUUCAUUUGUGUUCAGCAGAUAAAAGAGUCAUACACAUUAGGGGAUGGCAUGAAGGUGAGUAGCCUAUAUGAUGAGAAAUUUCCUUUUUGGGAGAACAAUCCCUUUUACACUUUCAAAUUAAUAUAUUACGUAAAAUAUCAAUUUUAGAAAUCCAUUUUUUUCUCUUUUUGAGAAAUUAUUACAUUUUGAAGACGUAUAAUUUGCUCCAUGUUCGUGCAAGGGAAACCUUAUUACGGUUUGUACAAACAGAAGGCUUUAGGACCCAGCAGAAGCCUCUGCCAGCUGGUUGCUUUGGCAGUGGGCUGAACUAACGCAAAGCGGUAAUUCUAUUGGCUAGCGCUCACAAGUCACCGUCCGCAUAUUGAUUCAGCAAAUCAGUUCAGUCAAACGCAGACAACCUAAUUAAUAUUAAUGAGCCCGACAGCCUGUCAGACAUUAGCGCAGCAGAGACUGAGCUAUUGACAAUAUGCAAUCCACCUGAGACAAGACUGGAGGGAAAAUACAAGUCAUCUUUGACGAUUAUAAGUUAAACAGAUGAGAACAUUUUAAGUUUUGGUCACUUUUAGCGAGUUUUAAAACUCGGACGUCUUUAUUCACAGAAACGCUGAAUGACCAACAGGCACCAGCCAAAAAAAUGUCUGCCUGGGACAGACAUUAAAGGGUAACUAAACCCUAAACCAACUUUUUUUAGUUAAUGAUCUGUAAGAAUGGGGCUUUAUUAGUACUGGUCAUUGAUUCAAGUAAUUUUUUUGACAUUUGUGUAUAAAGUGUUUUAAUUCUACAAUAUAUGGUGUAAAAACGUCUGAGUGCUGCCCUCUCCAGGUUGAGCGGUGGCUACUGCAGUUGAAUUUUCCUAUUGGCUGUUUGCGGUACUUCGUGACGUAAGCGGUGACAGCUGAGGUAAGCAGGUUCCAGCUCACCACGCCCUUGGUACGAGCUACCACGCCCAUGGCAGUAUAAAAACCAUCUCGUUUCGUCAAAACCACUGUAGCGAGUCAGGAGUUGGAAUUGCGAGUAAUUGAAAACGAUCAGGAUAGAGUAUUUUAGCAUCUAUUUAGCAUAGCAUUUAUAUAGUUAUUUAGAUUAUUUAGCUGUAGCCUAGGUAGUUAAUUAGCAUAUUUGUUAGUGUAGUAUUGU